AUGAAACGAUUGACCAGAACAGCCCUCUUAAACCGAGAGAUGGCAAUGAAAGCAGACCGCACAUCAUCCAACCAGUCUUUAAGUGAAACUGAAAGAUCUUGUAUGGUCCUGCUGAACUCAAUCUACCUUGCAGAGUACAAAGCACAACUACCAACACCGGUACAGGGGACCUGUAGCUGGAUUCUGAGCCACCCUGCAUAUCUGGCCUGGCUAACUGCUGAAGAAACAAAACUACUUUGGAUCACAGGCGAACCUGGCUGUGGCAAAACCAUGCUCUCUGCAUAUCUGACAGACCACCUAAGACUGGAUCGUGCUACUUCUGCCAAGUCUCAAGUCUUUUUCUUCUUCUGCGACGACAAAGUCAAAUCUCAGAGAGAUGCAAACGCUAUACUCCGAGCUAUCCUGUAUCAAAUCGUACAACAGCGCCGAAAACUCAUCAAAUACGUUAAAACUCGAUUCGAAUUGGACGGGCCUAGUCUUGCGAACUCCUUCCCAGCGCUCUGGGAACUUUUCCUGAAAAUAAUUACCGAUUCCACAUCAGGCGCGGUCAGAAUCAUAGUAGACGCGAUUGAUGAGUGUGAAGUAAAGACGCGCAACAGCUUCCUUAACGCCAUAAUGCGGCUAGUAAACGAGCCACAGGAUGUACAUCCACAGUCCCAAAACUGCAUUAAGUUUCUGAUAACCAGUCGCCCAUCGCUCGGCAAUUCAUACAACCUCACGGGGUUGAUGAAAAAUAGACUACCAAUCGAGCAAGAUCAGGGCAAUGUCAUCGAAGACGUGAAGCUGGUCAUUCGAAGCAAGGUCGGCGAGAUUGCGAACAAAUUCCAUUGUGACGACGACACGAGGAGCUAUCUAGAGCGAGUGCUGUAUUCCAGGUCUGAUCAGAGUUUUCUCUGGUUGAAUAUGGUAUUACAUAGCUUGGAAACAAGUCCAAAAGCGUCAAAGAGAGAUUUCGAACGAAUCAUCGACACGUUCCCCCAGAACCUCGAAGCUACCUAUAACAGAUUUUUACGUGGAAUCUCAUUUGGAGAUCGAGAAGAUGCUGGGAAGAUACUACGUCUGCUCAUUGGAAGCUCGAGACACUUGACAUUGGUGGAGAUAAACACUGCGUUCACGAUUGAUCAAGACCACAAAUCUGUAGCCGAUGUGGUAAAUGAUUUGCAGAUUUCUAUCAGCUCAACGCUACAGAACGUUGUGGGGUCCUUCGUCCGCAUCAGAGAGAUGAAUCAGAUCUCCCACGAGGACUCAAAAGUUUCGCUCAUACACCAGUCCGCUAAGGAAUAUCUAACAGACCUCGCACUUCGUUCUCCAGACGGGUCAGUACAGAGCCUUGCAGUUCCUUUAUCGGAUGCAGCGCUGGGCAUGUCACAAGCAUGUAUACAGUAUCUGCUCCUAGAGGAAUUCCAAUUGGACAUUUUUGCGUCAGAAAGAACGAGCCUCGAGACCAAUUCGCCCAAUUCAUAUCACUCAUUGCCAUACGCGGACUUCGAUGCAAUGGCCUCAGGCGGCCCUCUCGACCCAGACGAUCAUCUCGGCCUAAAUAACUUUUUUAAGGACUCGCGCGAUUUAGAUGAGGAGCAAUGCACUCUGAUCGCCCAGAAAUACAGGUUCUUUGAUUAUGCUGCGACACAUUGGGCAGAGCACUACUCCUUAUGCGAAGACAUCGCCACGAAGUCUGUCCGAGAGGCCGUUAGUCGAUUGACGACGACUCCCAGCUACGUGUUGACAAACUGGUUGAAAUACUACUGGAUCAAAAAUAACAUAGAAUACUCGUUUCCAGAUACUUUCGAGACAAUUGAAGUAGCUGCAUUCUUUAACCUAGCUAUGCUGCUUUCCGAAAUUAUAAAGAAGGCAGAGUUUGACAACGAUGCAAGAAAACAUCAGGCACUAUUCUGGGCAGCGAGGAUGUCCUCUCUAAAGUGUAUUAAGGUGUUGCUUCAGCAUGGCGCAAACCCUAAUGGCAUUGGUAUCGACCGACAAACACCCUUAACUAUAUCGGCGCAGUAUGGCCAUGUAGAUGCUGUCCAGAUGCUUCUCAACGAGCCAUGUACAGACGUUACUUCCAAAGGCAAAUCUGGAAGAUCAGCACUGUCAUUUGCAGCGGGCAAUGGCCACCUAGAGGUUGUUGAAGCCCUGCUUGAAUAUGGAGCGUUCAGAAUAGACGACCAGGAUAACGCACGUUGGACGCCACUCUUCUGGGCUGUGUCAGGAGACCAUGAAAGUAUUGUGCAACUAUUGCUGAAGCAGCCGUUGAUCAAUAUCAAUCAAGUUGACAAACAUGGGCGCUCAGUACUAUCCUGGGCGGCGGGGGAAGGCGCAAGACGAGCUCUGAAGGUCUUACUUCGACACCCCUCUAUUGACCUCAAUCUCAGGGAUGUCGAGGGGCACUCUCCACUGUUGUGGGCUGCGAGGAAUGGUCAAAGUGAAGUGGUCAGUACUUUGAUGCACAAAACAGGGAUUGAUAAAGCCGCUAAAGACAAAGACCUACGGAAUGCGAUCUCCUGGGCAUGUCAAGGAGGGCAUACUAACACUUUGCGCACUUUACUCAAGAAUGAGUGUGGCGGUGAAGAUGACGUCGAUAUCGACGCUUGGACGCCAUUGUUAUGGGCACUCUUUGUCCGGUCCCCAGCGACUGUGGAAGCGCUUCUUUCAACCCGCCGCGUCCAAAUCGACCGCCAAGACAGCUACGGUCGUACAGCUCUGAUAUGGGCUGCGAGCUAUGGAUAUCUAGACGUGGUACAACUGCUAGUGUCAUGGAAAGCAUCUCUACUUAUCAAGAACCAAGGAGGAUAUACGGCUGCUAAUGUUGCAAGGAUGGAAGGGCAAACUGAGGUUUGGGAGUUUUUGGAGGCCCAGCAAGGCAAGGAAGUAGAGACGAGUGUCGAUGAGUGA